AGAGAGAGUGGGAGGAGUGUAAACUGGGAGUAGUGAAAACUGAGAGUAGAGAGCAGUUUCCCAGACACUGGGAAUCUGUGUGCGACUGACUCACGAACAGCUUCAGACUCCAGCCCUUCUGCAGUGAACCCGCAGGUUGGAGCCACAGGAGGUGGGAGCCUCCAGAUCCCAUCUCCAUCUCGGCUGUGGAGCGCCAAUGCUGAGUGCAGACUCUGGGAGAGUUUAGACCAUGUCUCUCUGCUUGUCCCGCUGGCUGCUUGUCGCGUCCCUGCUCCUGAUCCAUACACACAACCUGGAGGCAGCGGCAUGUCAUGGCUGUACAUCGACUUCCAAGUGCGAUUGCAGUGGUGUGAAAGGAGAAAAGGGAACAAUAGGCUUACCUGGCUUUGCGGGACCCAUAGGAAUGCCAGGAUUCCCAGGAGUUGAAGGUCCUGCUGGCCCUUUGGGACCAAAGGGGGAUCCUGGAGAGCCAGGUCUAUCAGGAAAGAAAGGAAUCCGGGGUCCAGCUGGUUCACCAGGGUUUCCAGGGACUCCAGGAUUGCCUGGUUUACCAGGACAAGAUGGACCACCAGGAGCAGCAGGAAUCCCAGGAUGUAACGGCACAAAGGGUGAUCGUGGGCCAUUGGGACCCCCAGGAUUACCAGGUCUCCAAGGAUCUCCGGGUACACCAGGUAUUCCAGGUGCAAAGGGAGACCCAGGAGAAAUUAUUGGUAUUUCAGUUGCAAAGGGGGAGCCAGGGUUCCCUGGACCACCAGGAAAACAGGGUGAACCGGGCAGUCCUGGAUUGCGAGGGCCUACUGGUCCAGCAGGUUAUCCUGGACCUGUAGGUCCCCCAGGAAUCCCUGGCCCUCCUGGACCAAAGGGGAACAUGGGAGUACAGUUUUAUGGACCAAAGGGUCAGAAGGGCGAGCCAGGAGUUCAGGGACCCUCAGGUCCAUCUGGCUGUGAAGAGUACCAAAGAGGAACACCAUCAAAAGUCAUCCUCACAAAGGGUGAGAAAGGUGAUCGAGGGUAUCCAGGUCCUAAGGGUUUUCCUGGCAAUCCUGGUCGGUCGAGUAUUGGAAUGAAGGGGGAUAAAGGAGAGUUGGGAGAACCAGGGAAACGUGGUAAACCCGGAAAAGAUGGUGAUCCAGGUCUCCCAGGACGUGAUGGUCAGCAAGGUGACCCAGGAUAUCCAGGCGUUCCUGGACAGGAUGGUCCCAAGGGAGAGAAAGGCUAUCGUGGAGUUGAUGGUCCUCCAGGUGUUAUUAUUGAUAUCGAUGGAAAUGUUAUUUAUGGGACUAGAGGGGAUCCUGGUGGCCCAGGUCCCCCUGGGAUACAAGGCGAACGAGGCUAUCCAGGCCCCCCAGGACGUCCAGGAGUACCGGGCCCUCCAGGUCCCUCCCUGCAAGGUGAGAAAGGUCUGCCAGGGUUGACAGGAGAACGAGGUCAGAAAGGAGAGAAGGGUGAUCCCGGAUUAUCGCUGUCAGGUUUACCAGGAAAGGAUGGUUUAAGGGGUCUCCCUGGGCCCCGUGGUCCCCCAGGACCUGCAGUGACGAUUGAGAAUUGUCGAAGUUUCCCAGGACCGCCCGGACCCGCUGGACCACAAGGUUUGCCAGGAGAGGCUGGACUGAAAGGUGCCAAGGGUGAUACCUGUUUCCACUGUAACCUCACCGCGUUACCUGGACUACGGGGACCGGCGGGACCUCCCGGAAGGCCAGGUGAGCCCGGAUAUCCAGGGGCCAAGGGAGACCGUGGUCCACCAGGAAAAGAGGGAUUCCCAGGUCAACCUGGAAUCCGUGGUGUCCCAGGGCCCAUGGGUAUUCCCGGUCCAAAAGGCGAUCCGGGUGAUAUCCAAACAUUGCCCGGAGUGAAAGGGGAUCGUGGUGACCCUGGCUUCCCAGGGGCUCCAGGUGUGCCGGGUCUGGCUGGGUUACCUGGGAAAGAUGGAAUUCAAGGACCACCGGGGACCAAAGGCGAGCCAGGAAACAUCGGCUUCAAAGGGGAGAAGGGUUUGCCAGGAUCCCCUGGUUUAACUGGAGCACCAGGAGAUCAGGGAACUCCUGGACUACCAGGAGUUGGGGAGCCAGGCUUUCCGGGAGAAAAGGGUGCACGUGGAUUUCCAGGACAUCCGGGAAUACCCGGAAGCCCAGGGCAGAAAGGUGAAUCAGGGCAUGCUGUCAGUAAACCAGGAGUCCCGGGUCUCCCUGGGCCACAAGGGCUAAGGGGCGAGCCUGGAAGCAGAGGUGACCCUGGCCUUCCUGGAAGCCCAGGUUUGCAAGGAGCUACUGGGCCGAAAGGUGAUCCCGGUUUUCCCGGCAUUGGAUUUCCAGGCCCAACUGGAGCGAAAGGUUCACCAGGAAUUCAAGGACCACCAGGCCUUCCUGGUCUUUCAGGACGUCCAGGGAAUGAUGGCAUUCCAGGCCAGCUGGGACCCCCAGGGGCAAAGGGCCAGCCAGGAGUGGGACUGCCGGGCCCCCGAGGAUUUCCAGGUGUCCCAGGACUCGAUGGAGUUCAAGGAGGUAAAGGUGACCCAGGAAUCCCUGGAAUACCAGGAGCACCGGGAAACCCUGGAUUACCUGGCCUCACAGGUGAUAAAGGCAGAACCGGUCCAACGGGACCACUGGGCCCUCCUGGACUUCCAGGCCCAGCAGGAAUUGGGCCACCAGGUCAGCAGGGCAAGCCAGGACCUCAGGGACCACCAGGCCUCCCAGGAUUCCAAGGAUUGCCAGGCACGAAGGGUGAUCCUGGCUUUCCAGGUCUAGACAUCCCAGGUCCACAGGGGGAGAAGGGGAAUCAGGGAGCAAAAGGUCUUCCUGGCUCUCCAGGUUUUUCAGGGCAAAUUGGGCCCCCAGGAAAAGAUGGCCCUCCGGGAUUUCAAGGUCCCAAAGGAGAAAUGGGGGUCAUGGGUACACCAGGAAGCCAAGGAUUACCGGGAUCUCCAGGAAAUGUGGGACUUCCUGGUCUGAAAGGUGACCGCGGCUUGCCUGGAUUCCCGGGACCCUCUGGGACAGGCGGUGAGAAGGGGACAAAAGGAGAAGUUGGUCUUGUGGGAAAGCCCGGAUUCAUAGAUAAAAGUGAGAUGGAGAAAAUGAAAGGACAGAAAGGAGAUACAGGAGAUCCAGGUAGGUCAGGCUUUCCAGGACAAAAGGGCUAUCAAGGUAUCCCAGGUGACCCAGGGGUGCCAGGAGAAGAUGGACAACCUGGAUUACCAGGACAACCAGGGCCAGCUGGAGAUCCAGGAAGAACGGGAGAACCAGGAUUUACGGGCACUCCGGGAGAGAAAGGAUCAAUUGGGGAAAUGGGCUUGCCAGGUCCCAUUGGGCCUCCUGGUACCCCGGGUGAACCUGGACAGACGGGCAUGCCUGGUUAUACUGGACGGCCUGGUGAGAAAGGUGAGAAGGGCAGCUCAGGACUACCAGGAAUUGGAGUUCCAGGUGAUCCAGGGCCAAAGGGAGAUCCAGGUCUAACAGGCUUCCCAGGUGAUCCUGGCCUGAAGGGUGAGUCCGGUUUUCCGGGUUUGCCGGGAUCGCUGGGUCCGACGGGACAGAAGGGAGAUCCAGGUGCUCCAGGACUUCCAGGUAACCCAGGGCUCCCAGGACAGAAAGGUAGCCUUGGCCUCCCAGGUGAACCAGGUUUCUCAGGAAGUCCAGGACUGCCAGGUCCUCCUGGUCCUCAAGGUCUCCCAGGACCGCAAGGAGAGAAAGGCUUAAGAGGUCUUGAUGGAAUCCCAGGAACAAUUGGAGAAAAGGGCAAUCAAGGCAUCCCAGGAAGAGAUAUCCCAGGGACUCCAGGACUACCAGGACUGAAAGGAUCGAAAGGUGACUUGGGCUUACCAGGAUUCCCAGGCUCACCUGGUGUUCCAGGUAUUAAAGGCAACCGAGGAUUCCCAGGCCUUAAAGGCCACCAGGGCAUUCAAGGUCCACCUGGACCUGCCAGUCUGGCUCUGGAGGGGCCAAAAGGUGAAAAAGGAAAUGUUGGUGAACAAGGCCUUCCAGGAGCACCAGGAAUUCCCGGAGGUCCUGGAUCUCCAGGAUUCAAAGGAGCCAAAGGAGACAAAGGAGACACAGGUGCCCCAGGACUCCCGGGCUUUCCAGGACCCAAGGGAGAACAGGGAAUCCAGGGAUCUCCUGGCGUUGCUGGUUACCAAGGUGUUCCAGGACAGAAGGGUGAAUCAGGACCUCAUGGAGUUCCAGGCUUUAUUGGAACCAAAGGUCUUCCAGGAUCUCCCGGAUUUCCAGGGCCACAGGGUGAUAGAGGUGUGCCUGGACAACCAGGUCCACCUGGUCCUGCCGGACCACAAGGACCCCUGCAGAUUGUGAAGGGAGACGCUGGAUUUCCUGGCCGUCCGGGAGAAGAAGGACCGAAGGGAUACCCUGGGUUUCCGGGCAUUAAGGGAGACAUGGGUCAGACUGGUCUAAUCGGUACUCCUGGUGAACCAGGGUCUCCUGGAUUUGAGGGAAGGCCUGGACUGAAAGGAGAAAUUGGCCCAUCUGGUCCAGCAGGUCCGAGGGGUUAUCCAGGACCUGCCGGCCCUGAAGGAGCUCCCGGCCCUCGGGGAUAUCCUGGUCCUGCGUCGAUAGCUCAUGGCUUCCUUGUGACCCGACACAGUCAAACCACAGAGAUUCCCAGCUGUCCCCAAGGGACAUUGAAAAUCUACGAUGGCUUCUCGCUGCUCUAUGUCCAGGGCAAUGAAAGGGCUCAUGGUCAAGACUUGGGCACAGCAGGCAGUUGCUUGCGAAGAUUCAGCACGAUGCCAUUUCUUUUCUGUAACAUCAACAACGUCUGCAAUUUCGCAUCAAGAAAUGACUAUUCCUAUUGGCUGGCCACGCCAGAACCAAUGCCAAUGAGUAUGGCUCCUGUGGUUGGUCAGACUAUUGAGCCAUUUAUCAGCAGAUGCUCUGUUUGUGAAGCUCCAGCAAUGGUGAUUGCUGUCCACAGCCAGACAAUUCAAAUCCCACUCUGCCCCAAUGGUUGGACAUCCCUCUGGAUCGGCUACUCCUUCAUGAUGCACACCAGUUCGGGAGCUGAGGGGUCAGGACAGGCUUUGUCAUCACCUGGUUCGUGCCUGGAGUCCUUCCGCUCAGCUCCCUUCAUCGAGUGCCAUGGCCGAGGCACCUGCAAUUACUACGCAAACUCUUACAGCUUCUGGCUCGCGACUGUUGAGAGCACAGAGAUGUUCAGCAAACCGGAAUCGGAGACACUCAAGGCGGGAGAGCUGCGCACUCGCAUUAGCCGCUGCCAAGUCUGCAUGAAGAAGACGUAAUGCAAUCUGAGACUGCCAAGUUGGUCAGCUGUCUCGCAAUCCUCUAAUGAACUAUGGUGCUAUUUCUAUAAUAAAGCAAUAUGACAAUAUCCUGUGUACCUCACUCAUCUAUUGUGACAAAUGAAAAACAAAGUACAUAGCAAUAGCAAUGGAGAUACAAAAGAAAAUGCUUUCCCUGCAAUACCCAGGUGCCCUACUGCUCUAAGAAAAACCAUAUAAGCUUUCUACUAUUGACAUACUAAAUGGCACUUUGUUUAUUAAAGCAAUGCACUGAAUAUUAACAGAAAUAAAAAUACUUACAGUACAAUGAAAAGAUGGGAGAGAGUUAAGAGGCUGCAAACAGCAUUGAAGAGUUUGCAAAUGAUGACAGCAGUGUAUGAGUGAGGCUAAAGCUUCACAAAGCAGCUCUCUUGGCCCAGAGACCCACUGAGAGGUUUGUAUGUGCGGUGCAUUGAUUGAAGUGACUGUCCAGGACAUCAGGCUGGGUGAGUGGGAGCAGUGAAGGUGGGAGAGGGAGAGUGACACAUCCUCAGGUUCUGAUCUGUGCUCCUGUCCCACAGAGCUCCUUCUCACCAGGUGUCCCAGCCGUUCUGCAGGGAUGUGGGUCUUGCUGGCAGUCCCAAAUGAGUGACUUGCCAAGCCAUUUCAAAUGAGAGUGAAAGAGGGAACCUGGCUUAACACAAAUGCCAAACCAGCUAAGGAUGGCAUGUUUCCACUCUGAAAAACAUGAGUAAACCAGAUGAGUUUUACAACCAUCUAGCCCUUUCAUAACAUCCUUAUCUCAAAUUGGACUUUUAAUAGCUCCACUGUGUGAUUUGAACUCACUUCUCUGGAUCAUUGCUCCAGGCCUCUGGAUUAUUAGGUCCAGUGAUAUAACCACUAUGCCACCAUUCCCAGUACAUCAGAGACUGAUUAACUCUCUCCCAUCUAUUUAAUAUAUACUAAAUAGUUUCUAUUUAAGGUUUUGUUUGUUUCCUGACUGUGGGUAUGAGAUUGAAUCAAGGAGCUGUAAAGGCAACAAAAUCUUCUGUGACAUAAAGACAUUGUGGUAUUUACUGUUGUAUAAACAAGGGGCUAUCUGGAAGUGGGUCAGAGUUUAUAUAACAAGGGCUGAUUUUACAUUUGGGAAUAUUCACGCCCAAGUAUUCCUGAUAGGCACACCCAGCAAAUCAAGCUUCCCAUUAGCAAGACUUUGUAAAAUCAUCCCGAAUAUUUAGUAUAUAUUAUUGGAAAAUCUUCAUAAAGGUGCUAUGGAAUAUACACUGUCAUUAAACUAUUCAACAGUCAUCCUCUUGUAGUCAUUAUGUCCAAUUAGUAUCACUGCUCUCCUUCAAUCUACAUUUGUAGUUGCUUAGAUGCCAUUAAUCUGCAACACUUUAUACUACCUUUCUUAGGAAUGUUAACUCAUAUGUGCAUGGGCUCCACGAUUGCAAGUUGCUGUAAACAAGUCUUCACCACUAGUGUCUUGUUUGAAUUCAAUAACCACAAGUCCUGGUGUCCUCUCAUCCUCUGUUACAUAGCUGCUGAUUUCAGGUGUAACUGAGCAUUCCUGGUAAAUCACCUUCCCCGCAAUAUGGGAUUAAAGAGCAGGAGUAGGGAAUCUCAUGUGCUUUGAUAGAUCUUUAAAGUGUAUGUGUGUGUGUAUCUGAAUGUGAGGUGUGUGGGAGUUGGAGGGACCUCAACAUGGUCUGGAUUCUACAACUCACACUUACCCAGGGUAGGAUCAGUACAAACUCAAGCUUUCAGCCAUGAUGAUGUUAUUGGCUAUGUCAAUCACUCUGAAAAGUACCGAGAAUCACCGAUUCUUUCACUAAUAGAUUAUUGAUGAUCAAAGUAAUAAUCCUAUCAGAAUGUUUCUUGUGUGUUUGUGUGAGUUUGUGUAAAACUGUGGGUCAUAGGACACAUAAUUUUCGAAUUGUGCAAAACUUAAAGCCAUUGAAAAGCCAAAGCCUUUGUUCAUUUAAAUUCUAUAGCAAUCUUUCAAACAACUUAGCUGACGAAAUGCAACUAGAAAUACUGUCCAAAUGGUCAACUAUCCCUGCUUUUCAGCUGCUGUUCAUUGCUUUUGUCAACAUACAGCCCAGGAAUUUCUGCCUCCAUACAUUAUUUAGCAUGUACACUGUAAAUGGUUUGAAUUAAUGUCAUUUCAGUUAGACAGCUGAGCUCUCCUCUGUGUAAAGGUACCAGAGAUAGGGCGGGGAGGAGGAAACUCACAAAGCAAUGCAGACUGUUAUCUGAAAAGUGGUGACACAGCAUUAAGGGGUGAUUUUCAAUGUUUUAUGUUCCAAAUGAGGAGCAUCACCCAUUGAAGUUCAUGUUGAAUGUUCCCAAUUUCCAUCCAAUUGGAACAGGAAUAGUCAAAUUGUAACAACGUAACAAGUUGCAUUUAUACAUGCAUCUAACAUACUAAAACAUCCCAAGGCACUUUCAAGGAGGAUUUAUCAGAGUUUGACACCAAGCCACAGAAAGGACACUCAAAAACUCAGUCAAAGAGAUAGCUUUCAAGGAGCAUCUUACAGGAGCAGAGAGAGGCAGAGAGUGUUCGGGAAGGAACUUCAUAGCUCAGGACCCAACCAGGAGAAAGUCAAUGCCAUGAGUUUUUGAUUAGAGAAUCUUGUUAUCAAUGUUCCCUUUCAUUGAUGCUCUGUCUCCCCUGAUUGGAAUCAGUCCGUUAUUAUCAGGGUUUUGUAAAUUAUGUCUUGUACACUUGAAUAACUUGAUUCACUGCUUACCUAAGAGGCCUUUAUUCUUCGGUUUUGUAUUUUUUAAUACAGAUUGUAUUAAAGUUUAGUAAACUGGUUCAGUAAUGGAAUGUGGAUCAUCUGGCUAUUACGUACUGCACUUGCUUGAUGCCAAAACAUGUCGGUACUCAAUCAGUCCAUGUACGACACACAUCUCUGGAAGUUCAGCGUUUACAUGGAAGAUUGACACUCUUUGUUUUGUGAUACAGUUAACUAAACCAAUUCUAUUUCUCCGGACCUAUUUUGUACAUUAUAAGACAUGAAGAUUAAAAUUAAUAAGUUUGUGUUUUAAA